AUGGCUGACAUAGCUGGCCUUGUUUUGGGUGGUAUACCAAUCGCAAUUUGGGCUCUUGAGAAGUAUGUGGAGCCUUUUGAGGCUUUUCACAAUUACCGCAUCUCAAUAGAGACUUUCCGGACCGCCCUAAUCUUCCAAAAUCGACAACUACAGACCACUCUUUGCAACCUUGGACUUGAUAACGACCCAUCGAGGGAAGAGCUACGCCAAUGCUUCGACACUAAGUUCCCGAGUAUAUCUCGCGAACUGAUAUAUAUCGUGCAACGUAUGGACGAUGUCACCGCUGCGCUCUUGAAGAGCCUAGAUAUCGACAUCAAUGAAAAGUCGAAUGUCCUUCAAUAUAGGGCUCAAUGGGAAUGGCAUCGAGUGAAACAUAGCCUUGGCACAAAAAAGCGGAACAAAGUGGUCGAGGAACUUAGGCAUUGGAAUGAAGACUUAAGAAGGUCUGUUGAGAAACCCGAACUGCCCGCGGAAGAUGAUACUGGCAAAGUUCAAAAUCUCAAACGCCGUUUUAAUAUUGAGCGUUGCAAUUCCAUCCGUCAAUGCUUAAGCUCUCUUCACCGAGCUCUCGAAGUUGGAUUUCGUUGUGCCUGCUCACCACCUCACCAAGCUGCCAUUGAUCUUGACUGGGAGGCAAUUGAAUCUCAGACAGCUAAAUCACUCAAAGUUGCCCUCUCGUACGGACCAAAUUCACAAACCCCCAAUCUGCCUCAUUUAUGGCGAAAGUUUCAUGUUACGCCACAUGCUCCCAACAAGACAGCUAGCUUGGUUCCUAGUUUACAAACACCACAGCCCACUCCCACUAGAUCCUCUCCUACAUCUUCUUCCCGUCGGCCGAGGAUGUGGCACUCAAAAUUCCGCUCACUGCCCCGGACACCCCCACCGCCACCAACUCCGCCAGUUUUAUCAAUGGCACCAACAGCUAUACCAAUCACCCCGAAAGCGGAAAUAACCAGCCUCUGUCGUGCAAUAAACACAGACUGUAACCAAUGUAAGCGAUGUACUCUUGCAGGCUUUUUGAAAGACCCAGACGAGGACAACGGUCGAAGAUUCUCCUUCGACUACAGCCAAUCAGAUUUGUCAGGGAUCAUCAAAGCAGUUCCUCUCAAGUCUCUACUCUCAUCCCACAAACAGUCAGAUCGGCAGUUGAACCCUUAUAUUUCACUUUCUGCAAAACAGAGGUACGGUAUCGCUGCAUCCGCCGCCUGGUCAGUCUUGCACCUGAGUGGCAGUCCCUGGCUUGGCGACCACUGGGCCGAAAAGCAAGCCAACAUUUUUCUUGAGAGAAACCAAGGCGGUCGAGAGAUUCUCUCCCGGUACCCGUGUGCGUCAUAUAUAUUUCUACCGCCAAUCAGCCCGGACCAGCCGCUCAAAAAUGACUUCAACUACCUCAUUCCUAACAAAACUGUCUUCGCACUCGGUAUUCUCCUCAUCGAACUCUGCAUUCACGAGUCAUUUACGAUAAACCGCCAGACUGACGAGAACGUGACGCCAGCCUCGCUGCUCGAUGAUUAUCAGACUGCGCUGAGCAAGCUGGAUGAGGUAUACAGUCUUGCCGGAGACUCUUAUGGAUACGCAGCGGAAAGGUGUGUGAAAUUUGCAUUUCAGGGGCCGAAUCACCACAACGACUUCAGUUUCUCUCAAUUUCGACGGCAAUUCCAUGACAGUGUGGUUGCGCCGGUGCAGGCGACAUAUCUCACGUUUCCGGACUCGAGUAUUCCCGUGUGA